AACACUUUUUGGUGUAACAAUUUUUUUUAUUUAUUUCACUUUUCGCCGUGCGCAAUAAGAAAGAAGUUCGUUAUGAAGAUUUUGUGUGUUUUGGCGCUCUUGUCACUCAUUGCUGUUUGUGUGAAGGGCAGCAAUGAUGUAAUUGAUAUGAAAAAUUAUGAAUUAAUGCCGCCAUUACAUAAGCACGACAGUUAUUUGGAUUGCACGAAGAAAUUUAGAGAAAAGGCAGUUUAUUGUGUGGCGAAAACUUAUAUAAAGCCGGACAAUAAUUCGGAGGUGUGGAGGUACAUAAAGGAAUUCUCAUCGUACAAAAUCCACUUUUUUAGACACGAUACCGUCACGCGAGGUGUGUGCAUGAAUCGCUGUGAAAAACAGCUGACUCAACAGAAGCCGCAACAACAGCGAGUUACGUUAACGUUCGACAUCGACAGUGCGAUUUACCAUCCAGGUAUUGAGUUGCAUGCGACGACGAAAGAGCAGCGGAUCGUUUAUCACGAGGCAAUUAACCGAUGCGUGAAUCAGGAAAUGCUGAACGAGUACGGACUCGAAUCUUGGUCGGAAAUUGAGUUUUGUAACACGAACGAGUCGGAAUCGUUUUCCAUUGAUCUCUUGGAUUUCUUUGCUCUUGUCGUGGUUUUGUCGCUAAUUGCUUUGACGCUCAUCGGAAGUCUUUAUGACGCUCAAUUACGUGAUGAGGGCGGGAAAAAUCCCGAACAUUAUCGGAAAUUUCCCAUUAAUUCAAAUCGAACACUUUUGGCAUUUUCUGUCGUUCGAAAUUGGAAUCAACUUGUGAACCAUCCUGAACCGGUGAACAAUAAUCGACCGCCAGCAGAUGAUUUUACGUAUUUUGAGUCAAUUAAAAUCAUUGUGAUGCUCGGAAAUACUGUCGUUCAUAUUUUUUCCAUUUUAAGUAUGUUGCCUUCGAUGAAUCAUGACGUCCUGGAGACAAAUUCGCAAAAUUUCAUUCACAAAAUCUUCUCUGGAGCGACGUUUACGAACCAAAUUUAUUUAGCGAUCGCUGGUUUUUUGUUGACAUUGGGUCCAGCUAAGCAAAUUAAACAAGGAAAAGUUUUAACGACGUCAGAUUUUUGGGACGCCCUGAAAAAACGAUAUUUGAGACUGACACCUUUGCAUGCUUUUGCGAUUUUAAUGGAGGCUACUUGGGUAAGCAAAGCUUAUAAUGGACCAAUUUGGGCUCAGCUUGCAGGACAGGAAAGAGCUUCAUGUCGAGCGAAUUGGUGGACUAAUUUGUUGUACAUUAAUAACUUUGUUGGAGCAGGAGAACCUUGUAUUUUGCCAACGUGGUAUUUAGCAACUGACAUGCAACUUUUCAUCAUGCGAUUCAUACUUUUGGCGAUCAUCUCUCGCAUUCCGAGACGUAAAUCACUCAUUUUCAGUACAAGUCUCUUCAUUACCUUCCUUAUUCCGGGUUAUAUUGUCUACAAAUAUCAUCUUGAUGGAUUAUAUGUUGGAACAGUCGAAGCUGCUCGUUACUUCUACCGCCAUGAAAACUCAUACAAAUACUUCCACAUUCCAUUUUACGCCAGCAUGGGAAGUUAUAUUUUCGGCAUGUUAACAGCUUUCAUCUAUCGUGAAGUCAAAGACAACAACAUUGACGUCAAAAAAUCCAAACUUUUCAUGUUUUUAUGGAAUUCAGUCGUGCCUUUGAUCCUUUUUGGCAUCUUUGGAGCCCCAUACAUUUUCUCUACAUACGAAUUUCAAAAACCCGCUUGGUGGAUUACGUUUUAUGGCGCCUUUCAUCGCAAUAUGUGGGGCUGGAUGCUCGGCGUCAUCAUUUUAGGUUACAGUGCCGGCAUGGGAGGACAAUGGAAAGACUUUUUCAAUGCUUCCGUGUUCCGUCCUUUGGGCAAAAUUAACUUUGGCUUCUAUUUAACGCAUAUUACGAUGAUAAAAUUAAUCUUGGGCGACAUGUAUGAACCACAUUACAUGAGUCUCAUCAAAAUUGUGUGGCUUGUACUUGCCACAACGGGUCUUUCAUAUCUCUCAGGCGCAGCAGUGCACGUUCUUGUAGAACUUCCAGCAGCGAAUUUGCAAAAAGAAUGGGAAUCAAAGCCGAAAGUUGUCGAUAAAAACGGAAAUGGAACCGUUAAAUCAGUGAAUGGAUUUCACUCAGAAAUUAAAACAACGAAUGGCAGUUUAACGAAAAAAGAUUCAUAGACUAAAUAAUUAAUUUUAAAAUAAAUAAUUCACCAA